AGGUGGCGAUAAAAACAUUGAGGGAUUUUUUUUUUUCCACUUCCGGAACUACAGCUCUUCCUUUUCCAGUCGGCCAUUUGUCGUAAGCGGUUUGUAGUUGACAACCUGCACAACUUUCAAAAUGCAGAACGACGCUGGUGAAUUUGUGGACCUGUACGUCCCUCGCAAAUGCUCUGCGAGCAACAGAAUCAUCGGCGCCAAGGACCACGCCUCCAUCCAGAUCAACAUCGCUGAGGUCGACAAAGUGACCGGCCGCUUCAACGGUCAGUCCAAGACCUACGCCAUCUGUGGAGCCAUUCGCAGGAUGGGAGAAUCUGACGACUCCAUCCUGAGGCUGGCCAAGGCCGACGGCGUUGUUGCAAAGAACUUCUGAGUGUCACGUUGGAUGAAUCUGGAACGUUUGUUAAAUAAAAUGGAAGAAAAAAGCAA